UUCCGCCCCGCUCCGCCCUCUGCGCGCAUCGCCCCGCGGCGCUUCCGCCUGUCCCGGGCACCGGCCGCAGGUCAUCGGCUGGAAGGGUUUUCCUCUACACCUCUUUUAUUCCAUCACAAGGAGCCUGCGAGACCCCUGGAGCCAGCUGCCUGAAGGAGACACGUGGAUUUCCCUAAAUAUAGCAUUAUUUCAUCAAUUAUUUUAAACCACUUGUAAUUAAUGUGAAAUGAACACAAAGAAUGUGCUCUUCGCUUCAUCACAGAGUUGGAAUAACGCACAGAGCACUGGCACAGCUGCAAGCACAGAACAGAUGGAAAAAUAUUUGGGAGGUGUGAGAGAGAGCCUGGCAGCUCCAGGAGAUCCCUCAGUGCCCACAUCUCCCCUCUGAACGCUGUCCUGUGUUCUCCUCACAGAUUCCCAGCACUGAGAGGCCCCAGCUCCCAGCACCAGAGGGUUUGUGUGGCACGAGGAGCACGGCCAGGGCACCCCGAGCCCCACAGGCAGACAAGGCUUUGCCAGAUGCUUUUCCAUCCCCUGCUCCAGUCCGUGGUCCGGGCCAGCAGCUGCUGAGAUGGCACAGAGCACUGAGCUGCAGCCCAGCUUCGAGGAUGUGUUCAAUAUUCUGUCCCAGGCCCCACCAGAGAAACUGCUCAGCCUCAAACUCAGACUGAAGCACUUGGUACUUGGGCCCUGCAGCAAGUUACUGCAAGCUAUGGUCCUGCUUACUCUGGGGCAAGAAACGGAGGCAAGAAUUUGUCUGGAUGCGUUGAGGGAUAACCAGGGGGCCCAGUACGUCCAGGAGAUCAAACUGGGCGCUGCAGGAGUGCGGGAGGACGGGGAGGAUCUGCAGCCUCCCCAGCUGGGCGCAGGUGCCAUGGCAGUGCUGGCACAGAUGUACACAGUGCUGGCACAGGAAAAGCUGUGCAGUCCUGAGGCCAGGGACAAAGCCUGCCAGGCUGCCACCAAAGCCUGCCACGCCAGCAAGGACACUCAGCGGGGGACACUCACCAACGUCCCUCCCAAGGAACAGGACAAACAGGGCUCUGCAGCCAGCGGGGGCUCAGGGGACAGGUUUUCCACGCUGAGAUCCCAUGAGGAUGCAGGAUUUCCCCACGCAGCCAGCUCGCACCACGGGGUGAGGAGUUCACCAGUGCAGAUCGGAGGCAGCUCAGACCUGUCAGGCCCACGGACCCUGUGCUCUGUGGGCAGCUCCUCCCUGUCCAGCUGUUUGGAGAUCAGUGCAUCACCAACAGUUGCUUUUCACACCCAGCCCUCUGUCCCCGAGUGUGUCCCGUGGCCCAGCCGUGCUGGACACCCCGAGGGGGACACCCAGAGCCCGCAGGAAUGCAGCUGGGCCAGCACACACAGCUCUCCCCCUGGGCAGGACACGGCUGCCCAAGGGCCCCAGCCACAGGAGGCUCUGCAGCUCGGUCCCUGUCACCCCACCCCUGUCCCCGUUCCCAAGACGCUGCUGCCCUCAGAGCCUGCCCAAAGCAGUGACGUGUCCAGCACAGUGACAGAGCCUCACACAGCAGGAGAAAAGCAGGAUGAAGAGCAAUUAUCCACUGGUGUCCCUGAGCCAAGGGCUGCAGUGGAUACUGCUCCUGCCCACACGCCCAUAGCUGAGUCCUACACUCCAGAAGCCAUUCCCUGUAACUCUGCUCCUGCUGCUAUUUCAACCUGUUCCCUUCCUCCUCCUUCUUAUUCCUUCUCCUCAACUCUUCCUCCUCUCCAGGAAUCUCACUCCAGCCUAUUCUAUCCCCCUCCCCUGCGCUCAUCUCCCUCUCCAGCCUGGCCUCCUGCUGUCCCAGCCGUGGAUCCAUCAGAGCCAGACGGUGCCAAGUUCUUCACGUUUGUUGUCCUGCAUGCCAGUGAAGAUGAGAUUGUGGCCCAGCGGGUCAAGACCCUGCUGGAGGGCAUGGGGGUGUCCAACGGUGCCACGCUCAGCGAGGAUUUCUUCAUCGCCGGACGCAGCCACAUGACUUGCUUCCAGGAUGCCAUGGAAAACUCUGCCUUCACCAUCCUCCUGCUGACCAAGAACUUCCCGUGCAACCUGUGCCUGUUCCAGACAGACACUGCUCUGAUGCAGUCCAUCCUGCACCCCUCCAAGCAAGACUCAGUCAUCCCCUUUCUGCCCAAGGCCAACGCCCUGGAGCGCAGCCAGAUCCCCACGAUGCUCAGUGUGCUCGUCACCCUGAACGAGAGCUCUCCUCUCUUCUCCAGGAAUGUGCACAAGACUUUUAGCCCCAAGAGGAUCAUGGAGAAGAAAGCCCUGUGGGACCAGAAGCAGAGAAGGAAGCUCCAGGCGUGCUGGGAAUGGCAGCAAGCCCAGCAGAAGUUGGCUGCCCUGGGCCUGGGCUCCCCUCCCCGGGUGCCCCCAGCAGAGGCCUCAGCGCAGCACUGGCGUCCCCCUGCCCCGAUGGAGCCCCCGCCUGCCCAGAGGGGACCCCCCCCUGCCCAAGCACAGCUCCCCCCCGGCCAGGGGGGGCCCCCAGCCCUCAUCAUCCAACACGCCAGCAUGGUUCAGAUCGGGAACCACAACGUGAUGCAGGCGGGAACUGCCCCAGCAGGGCCCAGGGACAGCCAGGGGCAAACCAGGCACGGGCUCUGACCCGGGCAGCCAGGCUUAGAGACAAAACUAAUUUCAAAUUCUGGAUUACAGUGAUUCUGCUGGGACUAGGACUAUUAUUCUAUGCAUCAAGAGUGCCAUUUUCCUCAAGCACAAAUGAAAAUUCUUCAUUUUUUCUGGGAUAAAAGAUGUGGUGAUCUCUUGGAACUGUUCUUCCUUGUGCUUAUUUUCGAGUAACUGAGAAAAUUAUUUUUCUGAUUGUCUGGAGAUACUUGAAGAUUUUAUAAAUAAAUUUUAAUGUAUUUAUUUGUGUUCUUCUGGUUCUUUCCUGUAGAAUUAGAAAAGGGAUAGUCAGGGAUAUAUGGAAAACUAUUCUGCAUGUUGGCUGGAGGGGCUGGGACAUGGCACUGACCACAUGAUUUGAGGGACAAUCUGCAAGGGAUGCUUUGGGAAGCUGCCUUUAAGGAAAAAGUGGAAUGAAAAACCACAAGCAGUAAGCAGAGUAGUGCAGAAGGGUGGAGAAAUCCAGGAACGGGGAGUGGGAGGGGUAAUUCUGCAGGAUCGGAGCAAGGGAUGUACCAGGCUGAGCUUUAACACCAGGAGGGCACCGGAGCAAAGCCCUGGCUCCUCCCACGCUGCAGGCACAGCCGUUUUCCUGAUCGUCAGCAGAGGUCACCAAAAGCCACCGAGAGAGGACCCGGGGCUGUUCCCUCGGGAGCAGAGCCCAGAGCCGGCUCCGCCCGGAGCAGGGCACAGCUCGGAGCCGCUCCCGGCCAGCGGGGAGGCCGAGGGGCCCUGGAUCCGCACAGGGAGGUGACCCCGGUGCAGCUCCUCCUGCAGCUCCUCCUGCAGCUCCUCCUGCAGCUCCUCCUGCAGCUCCUCCUGCAGCUCCUCCUGCAGCUCCUCCUGCAGCUCCUCCUGCAGCUCCUCCUGCAGCUCUGUGUGUGCUCCUGUGCGUGCUCCCGACGCUCCUGGGCCUCCCCAGCAGUUCCAGGAGGAUCUGAGCCCAUCCCGGCCCUGGGCCUGCCCGAGCUGGGCUCACUCCGGGCUGCAGCCUUUGUCCAAGAGCCCUCCGAGCCCACCCUGAGUGAGACAGAGCUACUGAAUCCUGGCAGGAGACUCUGGGCUGCCCCCAACUCGGCUUCCAGCUCUCAGAGACCAUUUUAACUCUGCCGGACCCAGUGACAAUGGAGUCACUCAUCUCCUCCUUCCAGAGCCUGCUGGCAUCCUCCAGGUGCAGGAAUUCACUGAAUUUUCCAGGUUUCUCCCCUCCAUGGCACCAUGAAGAGGUGUUGUGUUUCUGCAGUUCCUGCUCCCUGCAGCUGGGGCGGGACAUUCCUCCCCUGGGAGCACUCACAGAUCCCUCCUUUCCCAGCUCCUCCCCUGCUAUAAAUAAUCACGCAAAAUCAGGCAACUGGAAGCUACUCCAGCUUGUAAACAACCUCAGCACAGCCACAUCCAGCGUGCCUGGAUCACACAAAGGGGAAGCAGAGCUGUGCCUGGGGUACAGGAGGGACUGCAGCCACCACAGAGGAGGAAAAACUCCUCUCUGUCCAAGAAUUAACAAAAUAAUCACUGAAACAUUGCCUGCUCCUCACAACUCUGUGUUUUGCCCACAUGGGGCUGGCCCUACAGUCAAUCAGGCCUGUUCAGUGUAAUUACCCCUAAAUCACGCAGUGAUUCCUCCCACCCUGUAAUUACUAUCAACAUUUAAUUGCUGGGCCCUCUAUGUAAUUACAGAUUAUUUGUGUUUAAAAAAAGUGCAGCCAUUUCCAUCACACCGAAUAUUCUCCUCCUUGUGGCUGUUGCACCUGACUGGAUCCCCAGCUCCCUGAGCAGCCCCAGAGCUGCUCCUGCCUGCAGGAAUCCCCUCCAGAGUUCCUCUUUUCCAAGAGAAAUGUUUGCCACUGCAGCACAGAUCGGUUUUUCACAGGGGUGACCAUGAACUGAACCAAUCCUGCCUGUUACCUGCAAAUACCCCAGAAUUCCAUACCCACAGUCCCAUCCCUGGGAAACAAACUGAAAAUAGAGGAAAACACCUGAAUACAGAGGGUUAGCAGGAAGAAGUCCAAGGCACUUGCAUUCUAGCAGCCAUUUUUUGUUUUAUUAUUUAAAGUUAAGAGCGCUCAUCAGCUCACAAAGGAACAAAUCCCAUUCCUGCAGUUUAGUUCAGGUUUCAGCCGAAAGGAAAAAAAAAAUAGAAGGCAGCUAAACUAACUCUGCACUUUACAGCUCAAUUCAAGUUAAACCUCCUUGCUUUAUAAAUAAAUGUUAUAGGUAACACUGCAAAAUGUACUGGCAGAUCUACAAUACCUCGAGGGGGCAGAAAGCGUGGUUAUUGAGGCUGAUAAAUACAAGUAGAGAAGCUUGGGUAGCACAGAGAGCGAGGGUGGGGCCAGGGGUCUGCUCUCCCGGUGGGACCUUUCCCAGAGCUCCAGGCAGCUGCUGCCCCCCUCAGCUGUGCUCCCCACCCUGCUGGGGCCAGGGAAGGGGCCACGGGCUGCCCAUCGCCCCCUGCACAAGGACAAACCGCUGGAAACUUUGUUUUCCACCACAGAGGGUUCUGCUCACGGAGGCAAAAACCUGCCCUGAGACUACAGAGUUAAAAACAAGGUGGGUGCAGAUGCUCAUCAAAGGAAGGAGCUUGCCCGAACUGCAGCCAGGUGAGAUUUCAAAUUCCACCUUGGAAGUAGCACCAUCCUCAGUGAAGUUACAAAAAAAAAAAAAAAAAAAGAAAAAAAAAGAAAGCCCAAACCAGCUGCUAAGAACGGACUGCACGAGGUUUCAGAAUGGGGCAAUAACAGAGCCCAAGCAGGUGAUAACCUCAGAAGGACAAGGAGGCACCUUAAACUUUCAUUUCUUGCUUCUUCCUUCAGCCCACCCUGGUGCAAACCCACCACAGACACUCACUUGCUUUCAUAACCCCUCCAAGCACCUCCACAGUGCAGGUAC